ACCAAAAAGAACGUCUCAUCGACUUGAGUCGUCGAUGUUCUCGUCGUGUUUUUAAAUUCGCUUUUAGUUUUUAUUCAAACUUUUUAUCAAAUGCUGAAAUAGAGAAAGUCAAAAGUCUAGCAAUGGAUGAAUCCAGUCUGUUGUCGUCUCUACACAAGGAAAACAUCAUGCCGAAUUUGUCCCAUGUGUCAGAAACUCUGAAAUCGUCUUUGCCAUGUUCAGUGAAGACAAAACGUGCACAGUGGUACAGUCCAUGUACUAACUCGCCACGACCUAAAGUUCCUCUCUCCCCGGACGACAGUCUUCCAAUAUUGAAGCUUAAUCAUUUUGAAAAGACACCAAGAAUUUUGUUUGGAAGUGUGAAGCUGGGCUCGUCUAAAGUUGAAGAGCUUGUCGUAUGGAACCCUCACCCUGUCUCCCAAACUCUUCGAGUUGAAAAAAGCCCAGUCAAACGUGGUUUUGCUAUUAAUUGCUCAGACGAUGAUAGCAGCUCUCUAUUGACACUAGAGGCAGACGAGGAGGUUAUUUUACCGAUCAAAUGGGAGCCGAUUGARGCAGGUCGUUGUCGGGAAUUGAUUGUGUUCAAAUGGAACGAGACCCAUMGACUCCAGGCUAUUGUAAUGGGCUCAGCCGUCGACAUCAACACUAAAAAGAAAAGAAGGUCAGUGCUCUGUAACAGUCAAACCCUCAACACCCCAAAGACAAAGAAAACAUUUAAGCCUCGGUCCACAGUUUUAACCAAAGAUCCUGUCAGCUCCCAAGCACAGCAACAUGAAUUUGGCAAAACUAUUCCAGAUGUGAAAGAAAUCUCACAAGAGGAUGAAAGAAGAGAGACCUAUGUUGUYWCUGGUACACCACAAUCAGAGGAAAGGAGAGAGACUUUUUUUGUUGCAAAGGUACCUGCAAAAACAUCUCCAAGCUGCCAUCAAGCUGUAGAUACUUCAAAGAGUGAUGAACAAGCUGUUGAGAUAUUGAGAUCAGACAAAAGUGUGUCUUUAGAAAAGAUCAAGCAUGUAGAGUCAAAACAUGGCAUCAAUGACAAGCAAGUUGAGUCACAAUUCAUUAAAAAUGUAAAAUCUGAAAAUGAUCCUGAUGCAAAUGAAGAGCCACUGCAAAAACCUGUAGAUAAUAAGCAGUUUAGAAGAGAGCAUAAACAAGCUCAAAGACCAAAAAAUGUGAGAGAAGCGAACGGAGUGUACCCAGCAAAAGCYCAAAACAGGCAACCUGCAAGUUUUGAAGGCUUUCUUGUUAAUGAAGUGAAUCCACAAAAUAUUCAGAAAACAGAAAGUAGUUAUAGAAACACCACAGCUGGAGAAGAAAAACAYCAAGUUCAAAUCAUUGAAUGUGAUGAAAACAUGUUGAAGGAGAAGAAUGAAGUUGUAAGCUGCAAAGAAACCAAAACAAAAGRAGAUAAGCUAACAUCAGCAAGACCUUUUGCACAUGAAAAGAAAAGGAAACAGGAAAAAGCAACAGUAAAUGUUAUUCGACCUGCUGUUGCCUUUGACGUUAAACCUACCAAAAAAUUGAAAAAGCAUGAAGAUGAGAAAAAGAAAAUUGUUUCACAAAGAAAUGAAAAAUUCAGAGGAAAGAAAACCAAGACUUUCAAAGUUAAWGUUGCAGCCAAAGGAGUGGCCCCCACAAAAUUAAAACUUCUCAAACCGGCAAAGACAAGCAUGCCUCGCCACCCAAUGCCCUUUGCUGCCAAGAACAUGUAUUACGAUGAGAGAUGGAUUGAAAAACAGGAAGAAGGUUUUAAAAGAUGGCUGAACUUCAUUCUGACCCCUCCUGAUGAAUGUGACGUAAAMGAAACAAAUCCAGGUUUGCUUACAAUGUCGUCAACCAAGUCACAACCCAAAGCACCCAGCAAGGAGGACCUCUCUCUCAAGGCAUACACCACUCGGCGCAAGAUGGCACGCCUUAGGCGAUGUGCUUGCUUACUUUACCAGUCAGAGCCUGUUAUAUGUGUCAUUAGGAAAAUUGAAGCUGAAGUUGAACUGGGUCGACUUGCAAUAAGACCUGAUAGAAAGAUUCAUGCUGACUUAGGCAUCAAAAAGAACAUUGUCAAGAUGAUACUGUCAUACAAUCCACURUGGCUUAGGAUUGGCCUAGAGACUGUCUAUGGCGAAAUCCUUCCAGUUCAGUCUAAUAGCGAUGUGACUGGAUUAGCUCGAUUCAUAACAGACCAUAUGCUAGGUAAUCCAAGCAUCGCACGGACUUACGCACACCCUAAAGUACCAGGGCUCUUCAAGGAUGGCUAUGUUGAACAGCUAUGUAAAUUUAGCCUCAAGAAAUUCUUGUUUCUCGUGCUGUUCCUGGAUCGAGCCAAGUUGACAAGAAUUAUAGAUCACGAUCCUUGCCUGUUUGUCAAAGAUGCCGAGUUUAAGUCAAGUCGCAGCAUUCUUCUGUCGUUCUCGAGAGAAUAUUUGAAAGGCGAAGGGGACAUMACAAAGCACCUAAGCUAUCUUGGAUUCUCUGUCACACAUCACCAGCGGCCUGUAGAUGAGAUUGACUAUGCUGUUACCAACAUCGCCGUUGAUUUGAGAGAUGGACUUAGAUUGACACGUGUUGUUGAGUUGCUGACGCACAAUUGGAAGUUAACGCAGAGCCUUCGCGUUCCCGCCAUUUCAAGACUUCAGAAAAUUCACAAUGUGGACGUUUUUAUGCAAGCACUCAAGGAACGUGACAUUCCGGUGGGAGACGGAGAAGGUUGUGGUGUGAAUCCUCGUCAUAUCGUUGACGGACAUCGUGAAAAGACUCUUCAGUUGCUAUGGAUGAUAAUAUUCAACUUCCAGGUCAAUGUUGUCCUCAGCGAGAAGCAGCUCAAAGAAGAGAUAUCUUUUUUAGAGCAGAAUCAGUGCCUACGAGACCAGUUGUCAGCAGAGCCGUCCAUGCUGGGUUUACCGAGAASCAAACGUGAAUCUCUUGAAAAUGACAUUUACUUCAAAUCAUCACGACUCAGUUUGCURCUCAAAUGGUGCAAACUCAUCUGUCGACAGUACAAGAUGAAGGUGGAAAACUUCACAGUUUCCUUCUCUGAUGGACGUGCUUUGUGUUAUUUGUUACAUUUCUACCACCCGACUCUACUUCCUUUGAGCAUGAUCAGACAGGAUACUACCUUGACGAGGAAUCCUGGGAUACAGGAGGACAGCGAGGAGGAGGAAGAAGGGAUUGUCAGGGACUCGUGGGCAGCCAGUUAUAGUCCCGGUUCUGGUGUCAACAAGGAGAUUGAAAAGCUUAAAGCAAACGAAAGAGAAAACUUUAAACUCAUUGCRGAAAAGGUUAAAGUUCUUGGUGGUGUGCCCAUGAUGACCAAGUUUUCUGACAUGUCRAAUACUAUCCCAGACGAAAAGGUCGUCAUCACAUACACUUCCUAUCUGUGUGCUCGGUUGUUGGAUCUUCGAGAAGAGACGCGCGCAGCGAGAAAAAUCCAAGUUGCUUGGAAGCGUUAUCAACUUAAGAAGCGAUUGGAACGACAGCAAGAUUUGAUUAGAGCUGCAGUGGUGAUCCAGGCCCAUUUAAGAAGAGCAAUACAACGCCGUCGUUUCAUUAAGCUAGUUACAAGUACUGUAACUAUACAAUCAGUUUACCGCGGAUACAAAGUUCGUCAAAGACAAAGACAGCUGACCAAUGCUGUGUGUUUGAUCCAAGGAACAUUUCGCGCUGCAAGGAGAAUGCGUAACGAGAGAGCUGAGUUCCUUCGUUACAGAAAGGCAGCGAUAACUAUCCAGGCAGUGUUCCGUGGACAAAUGUGUCGACAAUUGCUAGCCAGAAGUCAUGCUGCUGUAGUCAUCCAAUCGUACUGGAGAAGUCAUGUAAACAAAUCGAGGUUUUUAAAGAUGAAGAACGCGGCCAUGAUGUGCCAGAGACUUGUAAGAGGAAAGCUUCAGCGAGAAAGGUUUAUUGCUGUGAAAACUGCUGCUAUUGUUUUACAGAUGCAUUACCGAGCUUUGCGAAAACAACGAGAAGAGAAAGAAAGGUUUCUAGUCAUUCGUAAUGCGUCUGUUACAGUUCAGGCCUUUUAUCGUGGAUAUAGAGAAAGAAUAUUCGUGAAGAGASUUCGAGCUGCCAUYGUCUUACAGAAGAAUUUCAAGAUGUUUCACCAACAAGUGGUAUACAACCUUCAGAAGCAAUCCGCCAUCAAGAUACAGUCGCUUACAAGAAUGUUUCUAGCAAGAAGAAAYUUCAGYAAAACAAAGCAAGCUGUMAUAACAAUCCAAACCCACUUCAGAGCWUUCACAGCUGGUCAGCGGCAAUACAUGGCGUACACGCGAUUCAAGUCUUCUUGCAUCAAACUGCAAUCACUGUGGAGGCGAUAUUCUGCGAGAAAACAGUUUGUUCAAAUCAGGACCUCAACAAUAAUGAUUCAAGCAUCAUUCAGACGUUCUGUAGCAAGAGCGAAGUUUAUAGAGAUGAAAUUGUCGUCCAUAAAGAUUCAAAGGUAUUACAGGGGUUACAGGUUGAUGAAGCAAGUGCGGAAUGAGUUCCAAUCUCUCAAAUCUGCUGCAGUCGUGAUACAAUCUAUGUAUAGACGACACAAGUGCCGAUGUUCUUACGUGAGGUCAAGAGAAGCUAUCAUCAAAGUCCAGGCGAUUUGCCGCGGAAAUUCACAAAGACGGAGAUAUCUAAUGGUCAAAAAAGCAACUUCUGUGAUUGCAGAGAGAUUUCGAGCUUUACUCCAAGGACGACAACAAAGGAUUGUCUUCCACGUUCAACGUGGCGCUAUUGUAACCAUCCAGGCCGCCUUCCGUGGAUUUCUUGUACGUAGAGAUCUUGAAAGAAACACUGUUGCAGCAACGUAUAUUCAAACACAAUUCAGGGGCUUUGCUGCAAGAAAAACCUUCAAAAACCUCAAGGCUUCAGYAACAAUCAUUCAAGAUAGAUUCCGUGCUUACAGGGUCGGUAAGAGUGAGCGUUUAAAGUACAAAGCUACAAGGCAUGGGGUUAUUAUACUGCAGGCUAUCUAUCGUGGAAACAAGACUAGGCAACAUCUUCAACAAUUGCACUCUGCUGCUAAUUGUUUACAGGCGAAUUACAGAUGUCACGUGACCCGCGCACAAUUCAAUAAGCUGARGAAGGCAGCAUCGAUUGCGCAAGCGCACUACAGGGCGAUUCGGCUAACCCGAGCCGCUAUGAAAGAUUAUCAAAUGGUACGCUCUGCUGUURUAUUGAUUCAAUCGCAUUAUCGAGGAAUGGUAGUUAGAAGAGAAGUGGAACAACAAAGGCAGGCUGCAAUUGUUAUUCAGACCACAUUUAGACGUCAUUUUCAGCAGUCAAGGUACCUCCACCUCAAGAGUGCUGCUUGUGCAAUUCAAACUAGGCUUAGAGCGAUACAAAGGGGUAGAUUCCAGGCUCAGCGCUUCCAAUCCAUGAAAUCAUCAGCCAUUAAAAUUCAAGCAAUUUUCAGAAUGUCACAAGCACGAAAGAACUACAAGAAGCUUAGAGCAGUGAUUCUCCUCCAGUCYACUGUACGAGGGAUGRUUGUAMGGCGACACUUCAAAGAGAUGAAUUCAGCUGCAGUUAAAAUACAGACUGCAUUCCGUGGUUAUAUCGCAGUGAAGCAUUACAAGARCUURCRGAAAGCUGCCCUAAGGAUCCARUCAAACUUCAGGGCAUUAAAACAACUUCAAAACUACCAACAAUUGAAAUCUUCAGYAGUAAAGAUCCAGUCUUACUACCGUGGACACCGUACAAGGGAGUUCGUCAAGCAAAUCAAAUCUGCUAUCAUCCUCCAGUCUUACUAUCGUAGAUUCGUCGCCCAAAAGCAGUACAACAAAAAGAGAAAUGCAAUAAUUAGUAUCCAGGCAUCUAUUCGGCGCUUUUUGGCCGUGAGGUAUUACGAAAGACUAAGGAGAGUCACUAUUUUUAUGCAGCGACGUCAUCGUGCAAAUGUUGCGUUACUGAGGCAAUACAUGUUGUACCAUAUACAGCGUGGGGCGUGUAUUGUGUUGCAGUCCGCAGUACGUCGAUAUAAAGCUCGUAGAAAGUUCAUCKYAGUAAGGAAUGCUGCAGUUACUCUACAGAGGCAGUACAGGGCUGUGAUGGAGGCAAGGCAUAGAAGGAAAACAUACUUGGCUCUCAAGGCAGCCACGAUCACUUUGCAAAGCUUUUCUAGAGGUCUGCUAGCACGACGUCUUGUCACACAGCACAAAGCUGCAAGAAUAAUUCAGUCAUUUUACAAAAUGCACGUAUCACAAACAGCUUAUAACAAACUAAGAAGAAACGYUAUAGCAGCUCAGGCAACAGUCAGAAUGGUUCAACAAAGACAGCGUUAUAAGACACUAAAGAAAGCAACAUUAACGAUACAGACUCGCUACCGCGCUGCACGCCUCGGACGGGCCGUGAAGAAUAAUUUCAGCCAGUUCAAGACAGCUGCCAUUACAGUACAGAAAAUCUACAGAGGACAUCUUGCUCAUAAACACUGCCACAAGAUUCGCUCAGCUAUCAAGAUUCAAKCUAUUUUCAGAGCUUACACAGUUCGUCAAAAGUUUUUGAAAUGCCGAAGUUCUGUUGUUCAUGUUCAGUCUUUGGUACGAAUGGUUCAAGCUAGGAAGAAUUAUCAAAAAUUACACCAGUCUGCAAUUAUCAUUCAGAAUUGGUACCGAAGUAUGUUGAUGAYGAGAGAGCAAAGAAGCGAAUACAUAUUGACAAGGCAGUCUGCCAUAGUAUUGCAGUCGGCGGUUAGACGUUGGAWGGCUUGUACACGGUACUCGAGUUUAAAAACUGCUGCUGUUUGUAUACAGACUAGAUACAGAGCUACAGCUGCUGCAAGAAAACAACGAAGUUGCUACCUCAAUCUUCGACAAGCAGCCAUAACAAUUCAAACAGGAUUUAGGGCACUGAAAGCCAAACAACUCUGCAGUCAAAUGCGAGCCGCCAGGUUAAUCCAAGCCUACUUCAAGAUGCACAAAAUGCGUGCGGAGUUCAUUGCAAGACGGCAUGCAACCAUUGCAAUCCARUCCUUUGUAAAAAUGGCUAUUCAAAGAAACCAGUUCCUUAGGUUGAAAUCUGCURCUCUUUUCUGCCAGAGGAAACGCCGCGCAACUCAACAAUGUCGCCUUCAAAGASAAACUUACUUGAAGUUCGUGAAAAGUGUGAUUGUGGUUCAGUCAGUGUACAGAGGKAAUAGCGCGCGAAAGCAAGUACAAAAAAUGGUUGAGAAUAAGAAGAAAGCCAACGAAGCAGCUACAAAGAUACAGAGAUUCUAUCGAGGAUACYGCGCUAUGGUUAACACUCGUUUGUACUACCAYUAUACACGAGGAGCRGCUAUCACUAUUCAAUCAUGGUACAGAGGAUUUGCAGCUAGGAAACUAGCACAUCRUAUUCGCUGUGUCGUCAGGCUACAAGCCUAUUAUCGAGGGGCUGUCGCACGACAUCAAUAUCAAAUCACCAGACGUUCCAUUGUCAAAAUACAGGCCACUGUUCGCGGCUUCAUCGAAAGAAAGAGAUAUUUGAAGUUACAGCGGACUGUUUUGCUAUGCCAGCAAGUAUAUAGAGCGACUAAGAAGAUGCAGGUACAACGAGACUUCUUCUAUCGAUACAAAUCAGCCGUCACUAGAUUACAAGCUGUUUGGAGAGGAARGAAAGAUAGAAGUAGGUGUAAAGAGAYGGUACAGCGUAUUGUGUUGGUUCAGGCGUYAGUUAGAAGGUGCUUGGCAAGAAAUAGAUUCCUUACAUUACAGCAAGCCGUWGUAACGGUACAAUGUCGUUAUCGAAGUAAAUGUUUKACAAGACAAUUGCAAAACCACUACAAGAUGCUGAAGAWUGCAGCUAGGACUAUACAGCGUUACUAUCGAGGCUACCUUGACAGAAAAUAUGUUCAYCAAAUCAUGGCUGCCCGUGUCAUCCAAAGACACUACCGAGCAGUUUGYGAAGGACGACGUGUACGCAACRAUUACUUGACUACUAGAACGGCCAUUAUAACUAUACAAGCUGGUUACCGUGGUUACCUUGGACGUAGACUUGCCACUAGACAUGCUAGCGCUCGGGUGAUACAAACUAGAGUUAGAGGGUUUAUGGCUCGAAAACAAUUUAAGAAAAUGCAAGAAGCUCAACGUCAAAGGCUUCUUAGGUUUGUGGCUACUGCUUGGUAUCACCUAUCAGUCAUAAAAGUACAGCGGGCUUACCGGCGAGCGCAUGCUCUUGCASUAGCUAGAAAAGAGAUCUGCUCAGUCAUUCAUAUCCAGUGUUGGUGGCGUGCUGUCUUAGUACGUCGUAACUUUCAAGACAUGCGUAGUGCAGCUAUUGUAAUCCAGAAUGCAACRCGGMAAAGGUUAAACCGAAAGAAUCAAGCAGCUACUAGAAUCCAGRCUUUUACUCGUGCGUGGUUUGCGAGAAAGACUGUGGCAAAAAUGAASGCAGCGGCGUUGAAAAUCCAGGCCUGGUUCCGUGGUCACCAAGUUCGUAGUCGUGUGAAAAGUUUGAAAGUAAAGACAGCGCGCAGACGCAUAAAGGCGGCCAAUCAGGCAGCGACUGAAUCCAUGAAGCUUUGCAAUCGCGCAAGAUCAGCUCUUGAUUAUCURUUGUGCUGUAAAAACCUGACAACCAUCUUUGAUGUUCUCGUCAACCUCGAGGUCGUUACACGCCUAUCAUACGUAUGCUGUGAGCAACUUGUCAAAGACAAAGCUCUUCAAAUCAUCUUCACCGUGAUCAGAAACUCAAAUGGUGGAUAAUAAUAACAAAUGUCCUACACUGAACAGCUAUUUACUCUUGCAGCAAUAUCGAUCACCCAAAAAUAGUGAGCAAAUACAGCAAUAUGCAGUACCGUAUGUAGGGAUUCAGUAUUUUACUGUCCACAAUAUCAAGGUGUCCGUUGUAGCAGGGUGA